AUGGCUCCAUCAGCAGUAAGCAUGGUGUUCACGGUGGAAAACGCAAAAUCGCCCGGUUCGUUAGAAAAAGGACAAAAGCCUCCAGAUGGACACAGCUUUGACGAGGCGCUCGAGUUGGCCGGCUUUGGCAAGGUACAGAUUGUCCUUUCGAUUCUCGCCGGGCUCGGUAUGAUGGCAUCGAUCAACGAAGCGAUGGGAAUGAGCAUCAUCUUACCAGCUUCCCAGUGCGAUCUUGAUCUGGACGCUGGCGAGAAGGGAAUUGUAGGGGGAGCUGUGUUUCUUGGUACAAUGUUUUCGUCCUACUUCUGGGGCUAUCUGGCUGAUACGAGGGGCCGUCAGCUGAUCUUGAAGUAUGCACUGUUUGCGACCUCGUUCUUUGGUGCGAUCUCUUGUCUAGCGACGGGAUUCGUGUCGCUGUUGGUGCUUCGCUUUCUGACGGGGGUUUGUGUGGCCGCACCGGCCUCUACGGUGUACGCUUACUUGGGCGAGUUUACCACACCGAGCAGACGGAGUCAAAUGCUGUCAUUUGCUUCCGUUUGGGGAGGUGUCGGAAUAGUCUAUGUGUCAUUGGUUGGUUGGUGGAUACUCUCGUACGAUUGGGUAUUCGUCAUCACCGAUUCCUUCGAAUUCAAACCAUGGCGAUUGCUGUUCAUCGUCAACACUCUACCCGCCUUUCUGAACGGUAUCGCUUUCUGCUUUUGUCCCGAGAGUCCCAAGUUCCUGGUAUCCCGAGGGCGGAACGAAGAAGCUCUAGAAAUACUGAAAAAGGUGUACAGGCUCAACAAGGGUACCGACAGCACGGAUGGAUAUGAAGUGACGUCACUUCGAUUGGAUCCGGAAGAUGCGAUUGCUCGUGCGCAGAAUGGGGACAGCUCUGUAGGACUGUUCCGAUCGAUGGUACAACAAACCUUGCCGAUAGUGAAACUUCCCUACCUUGUGUACUUCAUUAUUUGCUGUGUCCACAACAUUGGAGCCUUUGCUAUUUACGGUGGACUCGGUCUGUGGUUCCCCGAAAUUAUGAACCAAGUAUUCUCACAACAGUCCACACACGAGGACCGGAAAGUGUGUGCGAUACUGCAACGGAACGAAACGCUCCCCGUGGUUGUGACCGAGUUCGAACUGUGCGAUGACGAAGUCAAGAUUGAGACGUUCCUCUACACCCUUCUGCUCGGUGUUAUCGGAUGCGUGUACGCACUGAUCACAUCGGCCGUGCUGGGUAAAAUCGAUCAGAAAGUGAUGAUGGUGUUUAACUGCAUUGUGGCCGGUAUUUCCGGCAUUGCACUUCAGUUUAUCGCCAACUCGUACGCGGUGGCGAUACUAUUCUGUCUCGAGAUAGUGUUCGCCGGCUACUGUGUACUAUUGGUAAACGCUAACGUGGUGGCCAUUUUUCCCACGAACGUCAGAGCGAUGGCAGUUGCUCUAACGAACAUGAUAGGGCGGUUAAGCUGCUUCGUGGCGAGCGCCGUUAUAGGGUUGCUGAUCCUACGAAACUGUCCAGUCACGUUUUAUAUGCUGUCCGGGUUGCUGUUUCUAUGCGCGGGUCUUACAUUUUUGCUGCCAAAAAAGUGACA